UCUCACUACUUCAUCUACAUUACUUCUUUUACAAUUUCAUCUUCAACAAAAUCUUCCAUUUUCAUCUACACCAACUCCCCAACAAUAUGUCUUUACUCACAAUGGGCGAAGCACACAGAGGAACAGUUGCAAACAUCGCGACAUACGAUGUCUCAAGGUUUCGAACUCGAGUCCACGAAUUUGUCCCAAUGGACCCGAUGAUUCAACCUUAUGUUGAACUCGCCGGUUUUGGUCACCUUAGCAAAAUUAUGUCUUGGUCUAUAGAUAACAAGUUCAUUCUAGCCUUAUGCGAAAGAUGGAGGCCAGAGACACACACAUUUUGGUUUCCAACCGGUGAGUGUACCGUGACGUUAGAAGACGUCUACAUGCUUUUAGGACUACGAAUUGAAGGCAAAGCUGUUAAUGGUAAGACCAACUAUGCAAAUUCAAUUUGCAUGGAGCUUUUAAACACUGAUUUGUUAGAUGAUAAUGCUAGGGGACAAGGUAUACUACUUUCACGCCUAAAGUCAUAUUAUAAUAGUUUUUAUUUAGAUGAGCAUUCUACCGAAGAUGCUCGAAUCAUCAAAACUAGGUGUUACAUUAUGUUGUUACUAGGAUCCUUUUUAUUUCCCGAAGGUAGUGGUUCUAGCAUGCAUAUUAUGUACUUACCUUUACUUAGACAUAUAGAUAGAAUAGGUAGUUAUAGUUGGGGAUCCACAUGUCUAGCCUAUCUCUAUAGUUCGUUGUGCAAAAACUCCCACAAAGAUACUUCUACAUUUUCUGGAUGUGCUGUUUUGCUACAAGCAUGGGGAUGGAUUAUGGCUAGAAAUGGUAUGGGUGCCACAUUGCAAAGGCCACUGUACGCCUCCCCGUUAGCUGAAUUUAUUCUCCAAGCCGAGACACCCAGGGGAAUGAAAGUGCCUAAGUACAGUAAAUUUGGGGGAGAAUCUGGUGAAUCGACAAUAGAGCAUGUUGCCAGAUAUUUAACAGAGUCAGGGGAUCUAGCUCAUAACGAAUGUUUGAGAGUAAAAAACUUUCCCUCCUCUCUGACUAAGGUUGCCUUCACAUGGUUUACUUCUUUGGCCCCAAGUUCAAUCGAUUCGUGGGCCAAAUUAGAAAAGAAGUUCCAUGAACAGUUUUAUGAAGGACAUUCCAAAAUUAGUUUGGCAGAAUUGUCUAGUAUCAAGAGAAGGUUCGCUGAGAGCAUCGACGAUUAUCUGAAUCGAUUUAGGUCAUUAAAGGCCAGGUGCUUUACGCAAGUGCCAGAACAUGAACUUGUUCAGAUGGCCGCAGGGGGGUUAGAUUAUUCUAUUAGGAAGAAAAUAGACCCAACUUUUGUGAAAAGUAUGUCACAAUUGGCUGAUAGAGUUUGA